AUGACAGAUCCGGGUGAAGCCGAGCGCCAACUCCAAAUCUGGCUCAAUGCGAGUCCCCACUUCAUGAAGAAAGACAACGCCGCUCUGGCCAUUUUGGAGGACUGGGAAGAAGAGUGGGGAGGGGAGAGUAGCAGACCGAUGUCAAUCUUCGAGAGGGAUGAAGGGCUGAACAUUGGUGCUCACCAUGAGGCAAAGCUCGACAUCGACUCCGCCAACAGAUCCGCAUCCCCAGAGCAAGAGCCAGCAGGUCAAUAUGAUAAGCGCCAGGCGACUGGUAUCAGAGACAAGCCCCAAGAGCUGCCGACGCAGGCCCACAUACGCGAUACUCAGGCAGCGCACACAGGCGCCGUCGACUUGACCCAGUCAAGCCUUGCAUCCAAGUCAAGCCGCGCUUCUCCUCCAGAUAGGUUCAAGUCGCCGACGGCCCAGACCAAUCCGGCGACACACAGCCAGACCGCCGCGCUCGCACAUGGAGCAGAUGGAAGCAGUCGAGAGAACACGGAAAGCAAAGUGACUUCCGAGAAACCAGCCCAGUCCGCCAGCAGGAUGGACAACGAAGUCAAAUCCAAUACACCUUCGCCGGCCCGCUUGAAGCGUUCGACAACACAUGUACCCAAGUCCUCGGUGGAGAAGAUCGUGGACAGCGCGCAUGCGAAUGCUCAGACAGACAUGGCAUCUGGCCAGCCGGCCGAAUCUGAGUAUCUUGCCACGCUCCUUGCUGGUGAGAAGGCUGUAUAG